AUGAACACAGAAAGACCUACCUCCAGAAGCCCCCUUUACGGGCUUCCUGGACUGCAAGACGGACAGAUCAGGCUGUUGCGCGUCCAAACCGAGAACGGGACCAGAGUGAUCAAUUGCACCGUCAGCAUCCAUAGCCUGGGUGAAAAGGGGCGCACUUCACAGUUUUCAGCGUUGUCCUACACGUGGGGCCCAUCCCAUCGAGGGUGUUGCAGCCUGUUAAGACCAACGUUAGACAUGACGAUUCUGUGUAACGGUGAACGAGUAGAGGUCACAGAGAAUCUCUACGACUUUCUCUGCUACUGGGCUUCAAACCAGGAGGGUUCCUCUUACAUUUGGAUCGAUGCCCUCUGUAUCGACCAACAUAACAUCUCUGAGCAAAGUCACCAGGUCAAUAUCAUGGGUCAAAUCUAUUCUGCUGCAGAUCGGGUCCUUGUCUGGCUAGGCCCUGAAGACGACUCGGUAUAUCUUGCGUUCGAUAUCGUGGAGAGAUUAAACUCGCUUGAACCUCAAGCAAGGUCGGCACUCAAUCCCCACGAAGUCACCACUGACCACCUGAAUCUUCUACUGGACCUUACGAGAUGGAAGGCUUUGUCACAUCUCUUUUCUCGAACCUGGUUCAGUCGGGCAUGGAUCAUACAGGAAGCGGUCUUUGCCAGGAGCUGUACGGUUAUCUGUGGAUCGCACACUACUUCUUGGGAUACUCUUGCCAACAUCUCGAGAUUCCUUGCCACCAGCAGUUGGACAACCUUUCUCCGAAAUCCAGCUGUGUUCGAAGACAACGCAGAUCAGUGGUACAAUACUCCAGCCCGACUUGCAGCUCAACACAAAACAUGGAAGGGUUCCCAUAAAGAUGGUCUCCUGUACGCGCUCAUUCGCGCUCGCCCGUCUGCUUGCCAGGACCCGCGAGACAAGGUGUACUCACAGCUUCACUUGGGCCAAGCCGAUAUUUUUCCAGACUACAAUCUCUCUGAAUCCGAGGUGUAUAUCAAUACAGCAAUGUACAUACUGGAGCGAUCUGGAAGCAUGCUUUUGCUCACAUGUGUGGAAGGGGAGGCCUUUCAGACCCCGGCUUUCUGCCUGCCAUCCUGGGUGCCAGACUGGAGCGUUCAAAAAUUUGUAGGCCUGCGCAUGACCGGGUACAGACACUUCCAUGCGGCGAUACGUCGAUCACCAACUUACUCUGUCUCGCGUGACAAACGAGUAUUGGACGUGGAAGCUGUGAAGUUGGACGAUAUCGUGGAGACAAGUGACAAGAAGGAGAAUCUGCGUGCCAACUUGCACUCUCCCACGUUCUGGCACUUGAUUUCGAGACUUCCUUCGACAUAUGCGACUACACAUGGCAUUCAAAGUCGUGAGGAAGUUGUAUGGCGCACUCUAACGACAAACAGAGGCAGCGUACUAGCAGAUUGCAGAGCGCAAUAUCCAGCACCAGAUGGUCUCAAGUACUCAUUCCGCGACUGGAUACUCUGGCGAUACGCUACGUCUCUCGAGGAGCCUGCCACGUUUCCCAUACCCUCUACCGAGCACAACAUCCUACCCACCCAAGACGAACUUGAGGAUACAUGCAAAAGAGCUGCAAAUGACCCUGCUUAUCUUACUGCUCUAGCACAUCGAGCCUCGCUUUUUGACCUCCACUACUCGCACGCUAUGCUUCAGCGACCCUACCGAACUAAGAAGGGUCAUUUCGGCAUCGGAACCCAGUGCUUGCGCGAAGGCGACUCCGUCUGGCUUGUGUCUGGCUGUCGUGUACCCGUCAUUUUUCGUCCCAUCGAAGGCAGUAUGCGCCACAGGCUUGUCGGCGGCUCUUAUUUGCAUGGCUUCAUGGAUAGAGAGGCGCUGAACCAAGAAGAUGUAAACUUCGAGAUGGUGAGCCUAGAGUAA